CAUUUUGAUGGUGGUAUGGAAUGGACGGCGGGCCAUACGAACGACGACGUUACCCGCACUACGAGUAGGGCGCUGGUCGGCACUCCCAGAAGAAGAUACCGACUCGUUGGCCAACGACUGAAGAUCGACGAGCAAUCAGAUUGAACAAAAAAAUUUUACGUGCGAGGACUAUCGACAGAGGCGGAGAGUGCAUCCCUUCUGAAAACGGGAUUAUUAUUUGAAUAUCGAAACGAUUAGAGUGAAAAUAAAUAGGAAAUUAUGUCGUCGUCAGCGGUAGCAAAAACCUCUAAGUACACAUAUCGCAGCAGUGGAGGUGCAGGAUCGGCCGAUGUCAGCAUCGAGUACAGCGCCGACCUGAGUGCACUGAGCAGGCUCGAGGACAAAAUUCGCCUUCUCCAGGAAGAUUUGGAGUCUGAGAGGGAAUUGCGUCAGAGGAUUGAACGCGAACGCGCGGACCUGAGUGUCCAAGUGAUCCAGCUGUCUGAACGCCUCGAAGAGGCUGAGGGUGGUGCCGAAUCUCAGUUUGAGAUCAACAAGAAGAGAGACACCGAACUUCUGAAACUACGUAAACUUCUGGAGGAUGUUCACCUCGAGAGCGAAGAAACCGCGCACCAUCUUCGCAAAAAGCAUCAGGAAAUCGUUAUCGAUUUUCAGGAUCAGAUAGAUCAGCUCUCGAAAGCUCGCGCCAGAGUUGACAAGGAAAAAGCCAAGUUCCAGCAGGAGGUUUACGAACUCCUGGCCCAGCUUGAAAAUUCCAACAAGGAAAAAACACUUGUUAUCAAGACGGUUGAGAAGUUGGAGAUCCAUGUGUCUGAGUUGAAUGUCAAGAUUGAAGAGCUCAAUCGCACCAUUGUCGACAUCACCAGCCACAAAACCCGUCUCUCCCAGGAAAAUAUUGAACUUGUACGAGAAGUUCAAGACUUGAAGGUAAACAUUGAGAGCGUCCAAUACACGAAAACUCAACUUGCCAGUCAACUGGAGGAUGCUCGCCGUCGUCUUGAAGACGAAGAUCGUCGUCGUUCUCUCAUCGAGGCAUCUCUCCACAGCGUCGAAACCGAACUCGAGUCAGUUCGCGUACAAUUGGAGGAGGAAUCUGAGGCUCGCUUGGAUCUCGAGCGUCAAUUGGUCAAGGCCAAUGGCGAAGUCUCCAUCUGGAGGUCCAAAUACGAAACUGAGGCCAAUGCACGGGCUGAGGAAGUUGAAGAACUGCGACGCAAGUACUCGGCUCGCAUUCAAGAACAGGAGGAGCAGAUUGAGACUCUGUUGGUUAAAAUCAACAAUCUGGAGAAGCAGAAAUCUCGCCUUCAAUCUGAAGUUGAAGUUCUCAUUAUCGAUCUUGAAAAGGCCAAUGGCACAGCUCGGGAGCUCCAGAAGCGCGUUGAACACCUGGAGAAGGUCAACAUCGAGCUUAAAUCUCGCCUGGAGGAGACAGUCACCCUCUACGAGCAGAGCCAACGUGAUCUGCGCAACAAGCAACAAGAGCUCAUGCGUUGCAAUGCCGAACUCGAGAAGACACGAGACCUGAAGGAACAGCUUGCACGUGAGAAUAAAAAACUUGGAGACGACUUGACUGAUGCCAAAAACCAACUGUCCGACAUGAACCGUAGACUCCACGAGUUGGAACUCGAACUCCGUCGUCUGGAGAACGAACGUGAGGAGUUGGCUGCUGCCUACAAAGAAGCCGAGGCUGGUCGCAAGGUCGAGGAACAGCGCGCUCAACGACUCUCCGCUGAACUCAGCAACUUCCGUCACGAGGCCGAGCGUCGUCUUGCAGAGAAGGAUGAGGAAAUCGAGGCCAUCCGGCAACAGACGAGCAUCGAGAUUGAGCAGCUCAACGCUCGCGUCGUUGAAGCCGAAACGAAACUCAAGACCGAGGUCCAGCGGAUCAAGAAGAAGCUUCAGAUUCAAAUCACUGAAUUGGAACUUUCCCUUGAUGUUGCCAAUAAGAACAACCUCGAUCUGCAAAAGACCAUCAAAAAGCAGUCGCUCACUUUGACCGAACUUCAAGCUCAUUACGACGAAGUUCAGCGUCAAUUGCAGGUAACACUCGACCAAUUGGGCAUCAGCCAACGCCGUCUUCAAUCUUUGACUGCCGAAAUCGAAGAAGUCCGUGGCAACUACGAAUCUGCACUUCGGGCAAAGAGAUGUGUCGAGCAGCAGUACGAAGAGUCGGUCAGCCGCAUCAAUGAACUGACAACGAUCAACGUUAAUCUUGCAUCAUCCAAGUCGAAGGUUGAGCAAGAACUUGCAGCUGUUGCUGGUGACUACGAAGAAGUUACCAAGGAAUUGAGAGUGAGUGACGAGAGAUACCAGCGUGUCCAGACCGAGCUCAAACACACCGUUGAGAUCCUCCACGAGGAGCAAGAACGUAUUGUCAAGAUCGAAUCGAUCAAGAAAUCACUUGAGAUUGAAGUCAAGAACUUGUCUGUUCGUCUUGAGGAAGUUGAGGCCAAUGCCAUUGUCGGUGGCAAACGUAUCAUCAGCAAACUCGAGGCCAGGAUUCGUGAUUUGGAACUUGAACUUGAUGAGGAGAAACGCAGACACGCAGAAACCGUCAAGAUUCUCCGCAAGAAGGAGCGCAACAUCAAGGAAGUGAUGAUACAAGUUGAGGAAGAUUCAAAAUCAAUUGCCCUCCUCCAGGAGAGCCUCGACAAGGCAUGUCAAAAGGUCAACAUCUACAAGAGACAGGUACAAGAACAAGAGGGUAUGUCUCAGCAGAGUGUGACGAGAGUACGCAGAUUCCAAAGAGAACUCGAAGCAGCUGAGGAUCGCGCUGACACUGCUGAGAGCAAUUUGUCUUUGAUCCGUGCUAAACACCGCAGCUUUGUCACAACAUCGACCGUCCCAGGAUCCCAGGUAUACCUUGUCCAGGAGACGAGGACUCAAGAAACACUUUAAAAACAAUAAUUGCCAAAAUGUUCCUUGUAAAAUGCCUCAUUAUCAUUAUAUCAUCAUUUUUUUUCUUCCUUUCUUUCUUUCAUUUUGACAAAAAUGUAAUGUCAACUUUUUUUCCUCGUUACUUUUAUUAUUUAUUUUGUAUCUAAGAGUAACGAGAGGACAAAUAAACAAAAGGCGCGAUAUUGUCGAUCAUCAAGUGAAAGGAUAACACAAUAAAUAUCAAGAGGCAAUUAAAUGAUGAAUAAUCAUUUCGACUAAUCACUCAUUUCUCUGUUGCAUCGGAUAAAAAAACAUCGUUUGAUUAAAAUUUUGUUUUUGAUACUGAGAGACAGUGGCGCCUAUCAAACGAUCCCCACUGCGAAUUUGUAAAAAACAAAAUGAAACAAAAAAACUAUUCUAUUUUUAUAAAAAAUGAGAAAGUUACAGCGACAUUUACCAAGAUCGAAUAAUCCCAAUUUGCAAAGACGCAUAAUAAUAUAUAUUCAGUUGACAAAUCCAAAGUGAAAACAAAAACACUGAUCGUUUUACUCGAACAUCACCAAUCCCAACCAGAAAUUUAUCAUUUUAUUCAAAUUAAAUUUUAAUGAAUAUUAUUAUCGCAUGUCUAUUACACGUACAAUAAUAUUGUAUUUAAUGAAUAAUUCUGUUACUACAAAAUAUAGUUAGGUACUAUUGCCCAAAGUGAAAUAUUCAAUUGAGUACAUAAGAGCACUCACUGUACGAAAACACUUAACCUGUGUCAUUUAAUUUAAUAAUAAACUGAAAACGCGUACGUACGAAAAAUA